AAAAGGGCGGUAACAAAAGGAGCAGCUGGCCUCGUGUUCUGCCGCGCCGUGUUUUUGCGGUAUAAUUAAAAUGCAGGGUUUAAUUUCGGUGCACAUGGAGACAUUCAACAAGCUGCUGCUGGAAUAUCCCGGAUUAAUGUACAGCGGAGUCGGAGCUACUGCGUUUGUAGCCGGCGGAGCGCUGAUUUACAAAAUAGCCACCAGAAAGAAGCCCACACAUGCAAAUGUCAACUGCUGGUUCUGCAAUCAGAACACAGUGGUGCCCUAUGGGAACAGAAACUGCUGGGACUGUCCCAACUGUGACCAGUACAAUGGCUUUCAAGAGAAUGGGGACUACAAUAAACCCAUCCCAGCUCAGUACAUGGAACACCUGAAUCAUGGUGUAUCUGGAGGCCUUCCUUCAUCUGAGACACCCAAGACUCUGCAGUGGGUGAACUCUCAGAUGCUGCUUUGCAGGAAAUGUAAUAACAACCAGUCUGUAAAGAUCAAGCAGUUGGCCUCGUAUAUCCCGAGGGAUGACGAGAACUACGAUGAGGAAAUUGAAGCCUACAAACACCACCUGGAGCAGACUUACAAGUUAUGCAGACCAUGUCAGACAGCAGUGGAGUAUUACGUUAAAUAUCAAAACCGUCAGCUUCGUACAGUGCUCCUCAACCAUCAACUUCGACGCACCAGAGAGUCAGACAUGGGGUUUGUGAAGAGCUCCCAGUCAGUGUCGUCUCCCGCGGGGGUCGUACUGCUGCGGAUCCUUGCCUUCCUGAUCUGUGCGUUCCUUCUUGCUACGUCCUUCUUUGAGUUUCCGGAUCAGCGUUCAUCGCCUAGCGGCCUACAAACUUUAAGUGGGGGGGUCAUUCCUCCAAAGCCGAAGCCCCAGAAUGAAUCCACCUCCAACAACGACACCGUAUCACCACCUGUAUGGCAAAGUUUGCUGGAUUUGCUCCCAGACAAGGCCGUAGAAAAUGCCAAGCUGGUGUGGCAGCAUGGAAGAGAGCACCAGCUGGCUGUGGUUUCUGUCGGCCUGCUGACUUGUCUCUCUGCCAUCUUCUUAGCAGGACCUAUGAGGCUGAGGAGGAUCGAUGCCGUGUCGUCAGUCCUGUGGUUUUUCAUCCUGUGCUUCUACCUGGCUGAGGUCUACUUCACUGCUGCCUUGGACUGGAUGGACACCGCGAAGCUCGUCACCAUCUCCCUCUGUUGCCUCGUCAGCUUUGCUGCCGCGGCGGCAACUCACAAACCGCUGAGUCCACGGCGAGCCAGAUAUCGAAGAUACCUUUCAGGCAGCUCUGCCGGCGCCCCCUUCAGCAUCCAGCCUCCGCUGCACUCUCCCGACCUGGCAGAAUCCUUCAUCCCCAUGCCGCCGCCCAACCUCUCCAAGCUCCUCAACCGUCAGCACUGUCCUCGUGAGCGCAAGGCUUCCCCCUCCUCUCUGCCCGGCCGUCUCAGCAGAGCGCUCUGCCUCGGCACCAUCCCCUCCCUCACCCGGACAGGUUCUGGUUACCUGUUCAGUGGAAGCCGACCAGCCUCGCUGUACAAAGACUCACCUUCUUCAGACUACUUUUCACUGAAGUCUGGGAGCCGCCCAUCAUCUCCAGGACCCUCUCCAACUCCUUCAGUGGCCGGAUCGGUUACAUCCAGUUCCGGUUCUGCCAGACAUCGCCGUCCCCUCAUCUGCCCCGCUCGCCUCAACAUCAGCGGGCAGAAGCUCCGGCUUUUCUCAGCGGACCCAGAACCAGCAUUCUUGUCCCCACCCGUGUCUCCAUCACAUUUCUUCACAGAGCCAACUCCUUCCAUUUACAGUGGCCGGUUUUCGCCUGACAUAUCACCCUUCCAAAGUCAAAAUGAUUUGAGCUCCUUGUUAAGAGAUGGAAGUGUGAUUGGAGAGGAAGCAAAACAAAGCAGCUCCUCUGAGUCCUCGGCAUGCCGGGUUGGUACGACAACGCAGGGUCUGGACAGCAUCCCUCCUCCAAAAGGUUUAUCAAAGCGUCUCGUCUGGCCUGGACUCCUGUUGGCGAGCCUCACUGCCAACCUGUUCUUCUCCUGCCUGUAUAUGUACCACAACUGGACCUGAAGUGUUCAACGGUCGUGUUGACUGGACCACUGGGCCUCGACAAGCCUGUUGUCUAUGUAGAGCUGAAGGUCUUUCAGCAGCAGAAACAUUCACCUCUCUGACAGUUGUUGUGUGCUGCUGACUGCAGACGUCUGCGGACACAUUUUCAGCAACAGCCCAGUUUACCGGAGAAAAUGAGGAGUUUGACUUUAUCAUUCGUUACUGCUCGAACAUAAUUUAGCUUUUGUCUUUUGGUCGCUGCUCCUCUUACGUAAAGGUGCAACUGAUUGAGGAGAGUGAAUUCUUGCACUGAUGCUUAACGGCUUUUUAAAACCUUUUGCUGUGAAAUGUGCAAUAGACGCGUACUGUUCAGUGGAUGCUGCUUGGGCACAAACGGUUAUGUCUUACCUACUUAUCUGGAUUGUAAUGAGGGCGUUACCUCCCCGAACUGAGGAACAUUUUUGGCUUCCUCCAAGAGCCAAAAUGUCAAAACAUUAUGCAGCAUGUUUUGUAGUUUUGCUUUUUUGAUAUGUCUGUAUAGAGUCUUCAAUCGCCCGCCCGGGUGCCAAUCCUCAGUGCUCCAGUAGAAAGUAACUGGAUUUUUUUUUUUUUUUUUUUUUUAAGGUUUCACUCCUCAUCCUCUCUCAUUUCUAAACAACUGAAUGGGAGUCCCAGAUAGUUAUCCUAAACAACAAAUACUCCCAGUCUGUUAACACAAGACUCAAAGUAUGAAUCGUGGUAGAACUGUCUGAAGGGGGCACUUCAGGACUGCAUUCUAAGUACCUGAUAAGUGAUGUUUUAAUCCUCCAUCUGGUUUAAGAUGAUGGCUUACUUUACUCCUAUCUAACUAUCUUCCUUCUCUGUCCAAAAUGCGGACAUUUCUUUUCUUAGGAAGGCUCGGACAAGACUCUAAAGGAUGAAGGAGACUUCUUUGAGGGCAGCAAUGUGCUUUUACUGAAGUACUAAGGUUUUUUAAAAAUAAAUAUUUGUACAGAUUUUCACUUUGUAAUGUUACAGAACCGGUGUUGUCUGUUAAGAAAGAGUGGUGCUCUCUUCUGUUGUUUUGUAACCCGGUUUAGGGGUCAACAUUCUUAACACUAUGUUCAUUUUAUACAAUCACUUACUACAGGAAUGCUUCUCUUUUACCACUCCAGGUUGUCAUCUCCUACAGUUAUCCUUUACACCGUCUAGUUUGUAAGGGGGCAAAUCUCCUGAGGUCGAGUGCAAUACGAAACAAGUUUAUUCUAAUUUAUGAAGAGAAAUGAUGUUUACGUGAUGUCAGCACAAAGGCCGAUUCAUGCUUUCUGCAGGCGUUAAGCUUCACGAAGCAGACUGAACUACAGAUUGGGCUGAGGUGUGUCGAGCAGGCGAACACAGCACAGGAUGUCUGGAGAAUUUAGAGCUUCCAUCUGUGUUUGGGCUCCUCCAAAGUCCUGCAGCGAGUAAUUUAAUUCCAUCUCUUAGUAAUGGACUGUAAAGGUGUGGAUUUAUGUCGCGUGUACCCCUGCUGCUGAUAUGGAAAGCGUGAAUCGGCCUUAAAGAAGUCCCAGAUUUUACUCCUCAGCUGUGAAGUAAUGAACACAGGACUUCAUGAACAACUUUUAGUCAGAUUUUCUUGGAAACACUUUUGCAGUCCUUUUUCUGAAUCAUACUUUCAGUUACUUGCUUUGAAUAUGUGAUUUAAAACAGUCGUUUGAGGUGAAGAGCACAGAUUUUUUUUGUUGUUUAAAUGCAGGAUUUCUAAAAAGUUGUACAUUUUGAAUUCCUAAUGUGUGUGUGAACAGGUUGCAGUUUGUGUUGGAUGACCAUGUUGUUGAUUUCUGAAUAUGGAAUAAUUUGAUUCUCUUCGGGUAACUACUCUGUUAUGCAAUUCUUAAUGCUAAUUUGUGGUAAUUUCAGGUUUGAUUGUCUGUUUGAAGUUAUUUUGAAGUAAGAAAAAAAAAAUACUGAUAAUUAUGUAAAAAUGUGUGUUCAUGAAAAGGUAACACUUGCUACUGAAAACCAGUGUCCUAUGGUAGGUGUGGAAUGCUAUCAUUAGACCACAGUAUGGGUCAUUUUGCUCUUCAACAUGCUGUAUGCAGAUGUGUGCAUUUGUACGUGACGCGUGUUCAUUUCUUCUCUGAAGAAGACUCAUUUUUGGAAGGUCAAGAUACAUGUUGGAAUGUAAAUGUUUUUUUCGGUCGAAUGAGACAAACUGUUCGUUUCAAAAUAAAUUCAUUUUUGAAUUUGUCUUUAGAGCGUAAUUAAAGUAUGCUGAUCAUUAAGUUAAAUCAAAGAUUGUCCAUUUCAGGCUCUUUGACAGUAAGUAUGAAUGUGUUCUCUUUGAUAUUUUCACUAAUUGCAUUGACGGUUUGUUAUUCCACUGUGUUCAGCAAAUGUUUGGUCUGUGACUGUAUGCAACGACUUCAGCUUCAUCUGUUGUACUUUUUCAAUAAAGUAUCCUUUCCUUAA